AUGACCAUAAAGGAACACGUGCGGCGAAAUCCAGGUCUUCCUGCGAAAGAUCUUCUUAAUGUGGACGGCCCGGCCGGUUGGGUGGUUGCAGCUGCGUGCAUUUGGAUUAGCUUCAUUACUGGAAUCACGCUAAGACCCCUCGGUUUUUACUUCGUCAAUUUCGUCGCCCGCUAUGAGAGCGGAAGAGAAUCAGUUGCUUGGACAGUCAGCUUGACAUCGGCCUCUGUCAUCUUCUCAGGUGUUCUAUCGAAAUUACUGCUGCGAUGGUUUUCGCCGUGGUCUCUUAUGGUAUUAGGAAGCCUGUUCCAGGUGACUGGAGUCUUCGUCGCCUAUUUUGCUCCAAAUGUUUAUGCACUUGCUGCUUCCUUCGGGUUUCUACAUGGCAUAGGUGCAGGACUGGUGUUUGUGCUGAGUGGAACCUUCAUUCAAAAACACUUUCAAGAAAAUCGAAGUUUUGUGAUGAAGCUCAACGUCACCGCGUCAUGUGCGGCUGGGAUCGCGUUCCCGCGACUUCUUUUGUUCUUCCGCCAAGAGUAUGGAUACACAGGGCUCAUUCUGCUUUCUGGCGGCGUGUUGCUGAACGUUCCCGUGCUGUGCAUUUUACUCAGAAAACCGGCAAAUCCCAAGAUCAACAACACCAUGUGCACGACUACAUCCCCGAAGGUGUUCACAAUAGACCAACCAAGUUCAAGUUCUUCAUGCAGCAACCUUCGUUCCGGAGAGAAGUCCAUGUUCAAAAUGCCCAUGUUUUACUUCACGGCAAUAUCGCACCUCGUGUUCUUCUACAUUAUCAACUUGCAUUCAAGCAUUGUGGUCGACACCAUACUUAGCAAAGGAGUUCCGGUAGUGGAAGCGAUCACCGUCGCUCCAGUGGUGACGAUCUUCGACUGGAUUGGUCGGGUGAUCAUACCUCUAAGUACAGAGAAAGGCUACACAAGCCGGACAACCCUGGUGAUGAUCGACUACCUCGUUGUGGGCGUCGGGCUCUUCGUGCUACCCUACGCCAACAACUACGGCACAGUGUUAGCUACGUGCGUCAGCUUUGGUGCGUUCAGUGGGCACGCAAUAACAGUGCACAACCCACUGAUGGCGCAGUACGUCGGGUUCAACCGGGUCAAUGUUGCCAACGUCAUUGUCACAUGCUUUGCCGCCGCCACGUUUUUCACGAAGCCAUACGUCAUUGGGUAUUUCAGAGAUCAUCUAGGUUCAUACGACGACCUGUAUCGUAUAAUGGGCAUUGUGACAUUCUCCAACGCGGCAGCCUGGUUAGUCGUCAACUCCAUAAUGCGACAUCGAAAAACAAGAACGUGGACGACGAGUAACUCCCAGCUAAAAUUGUGUGAUGAACCCGUGCUCAUCAACUACCAGUCAAUCUUCCUGACCUCAAUGAUGGCCGAGUAGAAAGUCG